CACACCCUCUCCGCGCUUAUAUAACGGCCCAUUCCCCCUUCUCCCGCCGGUCCCCCCGUUGAGUCUUGCUGUGCUUCUCCCAGUAGGCUGAGGGAGCAGUUUCUUCAGCGAGGAGCCGGCGCUACCCCGGGAUACAUCACAAGCCCGGGCGGAAGGUGCGGAGAUCCUGAGAAUUCCAGUCGUCAAGAUCCCCCUCUCGGCCUCACCACAGGAAAGCUAACGAAGCGAUGUCAAAGACGGCGCAGUCUCCUGCCAAGAAGUUGGCACCCCCACCUCCGGGAUGCACCAUAGACAUCAAAGACCCGAAGGUGCAGGACGCAGCCAUCAAGAUCCAAGCUUCAUUCCGUGGGCACAGGUCGCGCAGGGAACUGCGGGAGAAAGGCCCACCCCGCGUCCUGAAAGACCUGAAGGAUGUUGUGCUGAUCGAGGGCAGCGCAGCCAGGCUCGACUGCAGGGUCAGCGCCUUCCCAGACCCCAUGAUCCGCUGGUUCAAGGACGGCCGGGAACUCAAGGAUGGGCCCAAGUACCGCUACGUGUUUGAGGACCCAGACGUGGUGGCGUUGGUGGUCAGGGACGGGACUCUAUCAGACCUGGGCAAGUACACCAUCUCGAUCACCAACACCUUCGGAGAGGCGUACGACUCUGCAAAGAUCAUCAUUGAAGUUCCGGGGAAAAUUGAGAAGGGGCCAGAUAACGUGAAGGCGAAGGUCGGGCAGACGGUGAAGCUGGUGGCGCGAAUCAGCGGGGAGCCAGAGCCUGACGUUGGAUGGGCAAAGGACGGAGAGGAUAUCAAAGAGGAUGAGAGGAUCUUCUAUGAUAUCGAUGUAGACUCAACAACUCUGACAAUCAAAAACAUUACAAAAGCGGAUGCGGGCAAGUACGAAGUGUUUGUGGAGAACAGCCUGGGGAUGGAUCAGUCUUUCGCCAGAAUCGACGUUAACUGAGUCUGCAGUUGUCAUCCCUCACUCACCCUCUCUCCCGUGCUCUUCCCCGUCUGUGGUCUGAAAGUAUCAGCAAUCCUUCGUCCCAGCUCAGAUCCGGAGAGCAAGGAAUGAGAACUUCAGGGAAUUUUACUGAGAGUUCCCAGAGACACUGUUUGCCCCCUCUUAACCUGCACCACUCUCCUUCUGAGCCAGCUCAGAGCCAUAACUUUUGUUUAAAAUAAAUAUUUGAAACAGUUUCA